AUGAGCUUCUUACAUCCUCGGCAGUACGCCCUAGCUCAGAUCGACACAGCCCGGGAGAUGGAGGAUCCAGACUACCUGACAGAAGGCUACUUGAACCUUGCACGAAGUAACGAGAAGCUGUGCGACUUCCAGAAAACCAUCUCCUACUGCAAAACCUGCCUGAACAUGCAGGGGACCACCAUCGGCCUGCAGCUGAACGGUCAGGUGUGCCUGAGUAUGGGCAACGCCUUCUGCGGCCUCAGCGUGUUCCAGAAGGCCUUGGAGAGCUACGAAAAGGCUCUCCGCUAUGCCCACAACAAUGACGACAAGAUGCUGGAGUGCCGCGUCUGCUGUAGCCUGGGCCACUUCUACGUUCAGCUCAAGGAUUAUGAGAAGGCCUUGUUCUUCCCCUGCAAGGCGGCGGAGCUGGUCAAUGACUACGGCAAGGGCUGGAGUCUCAAGUACCGAGCUAUGAGUCAGUACCACAUGGCAGUAGCCUACAGGAAGCUGGACCGCCUGCCGGACUCGAUGGAGUGCUGUGAGGAAUCAAUGAAGAUCGCGAUGCAACAUAAAGAUCGCCCUCUGCAGGCGCUAUGCCUGCUCAAUUUCGCAGACAUCCAUCGCUGCCGUCAGGACGUUGAGAAAGCAUUCCCGCGCUACGAGUCGGCUAUGUGCAUCAUGACUGAAAUUGGCAACCGCCUGGGACAGGCCUCCGUGUUCCUGGGCGUGGGAAAAUGUUGGUUCCAGCGGAAUGAGCUGGACAAGGCUCUAGAAUCCCUGCAGAGGGCAGAAGAGCUGGCAGAGGGGGUUGGAAAUAAGCUCUGCUCUCUGAAGGUGCACUGCCUGAAUGAGAGGAUUUUCCGCAAGAAGGAGCAGCAGGAGGAGCUGCGAGAGCAGGUGGUGAAGUUCCUGCAGUGUGUGGAGGAGCUGGAGCUCUACUGCGGCAUGUGUGGCGAGUCCAUCGGGGAGAAGAACCAGCAGCUCCAGGCCCUACCAUGUUCCCAUAUCUUCCAUCUCAAGUAAGCACUCUCCCCUGGUGCCCCCCCCCCCCCAUAUACCCCAGCGAGGCAUGAAACGCUGAAGGCAAGGCUUUAAAUGCCGGAAAAAGUCUAACAUUUUCAACAAAUUUAAAGACAAUAAUAUUGACUACAAUCUUUAACAGUUGUUCAUAAGUUGUGCGUAAGUUAUAGCACCUCAUGAACAUAUCAAAGUAAAAUUCGUAAAUACCUACUGGUAGAUUCUCAGUAAAAUAUAAUGCAAAAUCUUCUAG